AUUUCCAUGAAGACAACUUACAAGGACCUGAAUGGCCUCAUUUUAGCUGCUUUAGAGUGCAGAGCGACUGCUUGCUCCUUCUUUUCCUGUACCUGGUGUGCCAGUGGCUGCUGAGCGCCAUGAAGGUGGUUCCAGAGAAGAAUGCUGUCAGGAUACUCUGGGGGCGAGAACGGGGCACGCAGGCCUUUGGAGCGCAACGGCUUCUGCAGGAGCUGGUAGAAGAUAAAACCCGGUGGAUGAAAUGGGAGGGCAAGAGAGUAGAACUGCCGGAUAGUCCACGUUCUACCUUCUUACUGGCCUUCAGCCCAGACAGGACUCUGUUGGCCUCCACCCAUGUGAACCAUAAUAUAUAUAUUACGGAGGUGAAGACUGGCAAGUGUGUUCAUUCUCUGAUCGGACACCGUCGCACUCCAUGGUGUGUCACUUUUCAUCCCACCAUCUCAGGCCUUAUUGCUUCAGGAUGCCUAGAUGGGGAGGUUAGGAUUUGGGAUUUACACGGCGGCAGUGAAAGUUGGUUCACAGACAGCAACAAUGCCAUUGCAUCUCUGGCUUUCCACCCUACGGCCCAGCUCCUACUGAUUGCCACUGCCAACGAGAUCCACUUCUGGGACUGGAGUCGACGGGAACCCUUUGCUGUAGUGAAGACAGCUAGCGAGAUGGAACGGGUCCGUUUGGUGAGAUUUGAUCCUCUUGGACACUACUUACUCACAGCCAUUGUUAACCCUUCCAAUCAGCAGGGUGAUGAUGAACCAGAGAUCCCCAUAGACGGAACAGAAUUAUCCCACUACCGUCAGCGUGCCCUCCUGCAAUCACAGCCAGUUCGCCGGACGCCUCUCCUCCACAAUUUCCUGCACAUGCUGUCCUCCCGCUCCUCUGGCAUCCAGGUGGGAGAGCAAAGCACAGUGCAAGAUUCUGCUACCCCCUCACCCCCACCGCCUCCCCCUCAACCCUCCACGGAACGCCCCAGGACUUCCGCUUACAUCAGGCUCCGACAGCGGGUCAGUCACCCCACAGCUGAGUGCUGCCAGCACCUCGGGAUCCUGUGCCUUUGCAGCCGCUGCUCUGGCACUCGAGUUCCUUCCCUCUUGCCACACCAGGACAGUGUCCCCCCUGCUUCUGCCAGGGCUACUACCCCUUCCUUUUCUUUUGUGCAGACCGAGCCCUUCCACCCCCCGGAGCAGGCCUCGUCAGCGCAGCAGGACCAGGGCCUCCUGAACCGGCCGUCUGCCUUCAGUACAGUCCAGAGCAGCACUGCCGGCAACACGCUCCGCAACCUCAGCCUGGGGCCCACUCGCCGCUCUCUGGGAGGCCCGUUGUCUAGCCACCCUUCUCGGUAUCACCGAGAAAUAGCUCCCGGGCUGACGGGGUCUGAGUGGACCCGGACGGUGCUCAGUCUGAACUCCCGCUCUGAGGCGGACUCCAUGCCCCCUCCCAGGACCAGUGCCUCUUCGGUGAGUUUGCUGUCUGUGCUGAGACAGCAGGAAGGUGGCUCUCAAGCAUCUGUGUACACUUCAGCGACAGAAGGGAGGGGUUUUCCAGCUCCAGGGUUGGCCGCUGAGUCAGAUGGAGGGAACGGCUCCAGCCAGAACAACUCAGGCAGCAUUCGCCAUGAGCUUCAGUGUGACCUGAGACGCUUCUUUUUGGAGUAUGACCGGCUUCAGGAGCUGGACCAGAGCCUGAACGGGGAAGCCCCCCAGACCCAACAGGCCCAGGAAAUGCUCAACAAUAACAUUGAAUCUGAGAGGCCAGGCCCCUCCCACCAACCCACCCCACACAGCAGUGAGAACAACUCCAAUCUGUCCCGGGGCCACCUGAAUCGCUGCCGGGCUUGCCACAACCUCCUCACCUUCAACAACGAUACCCUGCGCUGGGAAAGAACCACACCUAACUACUCCUCUGGCGAGGCCAGCUCUUCCUGGCAGGUCCCCAGUACCUUUGAGGGCUUGCCAUCGAGUGGCAGCCAGUUGCCACCUCUCGAGCGGACUGAGGGCCAGUCGCCCAGCUCCAGCAGGCUGGAGUUGAGCAGCUCUGCUAGUCCGCAGGAGGAGAGGACUGUGGGGGUGGCCUUCAACCAGGAAACAGGCCACUGGGAAAGGAUUUACACCCCGUCCAGCAGAUCUGGGAGUGUCUCACAGGAGGCCUUACACCAGGACAUGCCUGAGGAAAGCUCUGAGGAAGACUCACUCAGGAGGAGGCUGCUGGAGUCUUCCCUCAUUUCAUUAUCCCGUUAUGAUGGAGCAGGAUCCAGAGAGCACCCAAUUUACCCAGACCCAGCGAGAUUGUCUCCUGCUGCGUACUACGCCCAGCGGAUGAUCCAGUACCUCUCGCGGAGGGACAGCAUUCGCCAGCGCUCCAUGCGCUACCAGCAGAACCGCCUUCGUUCUUCCACGUCCUCGUCUUCCUCAGACAGUCAGGCUCCGUCAGUGGAGGGCCCCGACCUGGAGUUUGAGGACUUCGAGGACAAUGGUGACAGAUCCAGGCACCGAGCUCCACGCAAUGCCCGGAUGUCUGCACCUUCGCUUGGACGCUUUGUCCCCAGGCGUUUCUUGCUGCCUGAAUACUUGCCUUAUGCUGGGAUUUUUCAUGAACGUGGACAGCCUGGCUUGGCUACUCACUCUUCUGUUAACAGGGUCCUGGCAGGGGCGGUGAUUGGUGAUGGACAGUCUGCUGUGGCCAGUAACAUUGCCAAUACUACCUACCGGCUCCAGUGGUGGGAUUUCACUAAAUUUGACCUUCCAGAAAUCAGUAAUGCCUCCGUGAAUGUGCUGGUGCAAAACUGCAAAAUCUACAAUGAUGCCAGCUGUGACAUUUCUGCAGAUGGCCAGCUCCUGGCAGCAUUCAUCCCUAGCAGCCAAAGGGGCUUUCCUGAUGAAGGCAUCCUGGCAGUGUACUCCCUGGCCCCCCACAACUUGGGCGAAAUGCUCUACACCAAGCGAUUUGGUCCCAAUGCCAUUUCGGUGAGCCUGUCCCCAAUGGGCCGAUACGUAAUGGUGGGCUUGGCCUCGCGAAGGAUCCUGCUGCACCCCUCCACAGAGCACAUGGUGGCCCAGGUCUUCAGGCUGCAGCAGGCCCAUGGUGGCGAGACCUCCAUGAGGAGAGUUUUCAACGUCCUUUACCCCAUGCCUGCUGACCAGCGGAGACAUGUCAGCAUCAACUCUGCCCGUUGGCUGCCUGAGCCCGGGCUCGGCCUGGCCUAUGGCACCAACAAAGGAGACCUGGUGAUCUGCCGACCAGAGGCCUCAAACUCUGGUAUUGAGUACUACUGGGACCAGCUGAACGAGACUGUCUUCACGGUCCACUCCAGCAGCAGGAGCAGUGAAAGGCCUGGGACCAGCAGAGCCACCUGGAGAACAGACAGAGACAUGGGUCUGAUGAAUGCAAUUGGGCUGCAGCCCCGGAACCCCACCACGUCAGUAACAUCUCAGGGCACGCAGACUCUGGCCCUUCAGCUGCAGAAUGCCGAGACACAGACAGAGAGGGAGAUACAGGAGCCGGGGACAGCAGCGUCAGGUCCUGGCGAAGCAUCAGCCCCUCUCUGACCUCCAGUCAGUGAUGAGUGCCUGUCUUCCUGUCUCGGGUGGGAGCAGAAGGCUGGCAGAAAGACAGAGGCUCCCUUGCCACCAGUUUCAAAAGGCCAGGACCUCGUUCCCUCCCUGUCUCAUCCCCGUAAAGGAAAGCAGAUGGUGAUGGGUGAACCCUUCAGAGGCCCGAGAUGCUCUUCAGCAGGAAUAGCCGUCAGGAGCUGGCACCUUGGUAGAAGAGGCUCUCAGCUCACUGCGUCUCCCUGGGAACUUGGCCUAGCGUUUUGGACCACCAGCUCUGCUCAGCAUUACAGGCCCUUUCAGAAAGCCCCACACCACAAAGAAGUCAGGGGUGGAGAAGAGGUGUGGGUUGAGGGGAGAGACGUGGCGACUGACGGACGGUGUCACUGGCCAGCCUCGUGUCUCCUGGGGCCCAGAGUCUUGUUGUGAGGUGCUGACCCACUGACGACCACUGACCACUGCUGCUAUGGUGGUGAGGCCGAAGGACCAGGAAUCAAGGGUCUCUCCGGGCACACUUGUUCUCUGGCCCAUCUGGUGGGCAGACACAGGGCUCUGCACACCACCACCCCACUCCCAACCCCUGCCUCUUUCCAUUGGCAGACUGGUAGCCGCGUCUGUAGGAACGUGUAGAAGAAACCUCUUCUUCUGGGCUCAGCUAGAAGGCAGGGCUGGGCUGAGGGGAUACCACCUGCACAGCCCACACACACACACCAGGGGCCCAGCUGUAUUAUGUGGGGAAGAAGCUCUGCUUGUGCUGAUGACUGUUCUGUGGCCUCCCCUCCCUCAGCCGGUUUCCAUCAGCUAGCACCCGGGCUGCUCCUCAUUUUCUUGUUCUAUAAAAAAUUUGAUUAAAAUCCAUUCAGCUCUUUCUAGAACUUCUAGGAAGAGCCCUCCACAGAGGGAAUUUGCAUGUGUUGGCUUUUUGCUUGUCCAGCUUUAAAGCUUCCCUACCUGUCACUGAGAAGGGCAGGGGAGCAUUCCCGUGGCUCCCUGUUGCUCCCCAGCUCUGAUCCAGUGCCUGCCUGACAUGCAGUAGGCACCCAGGCAGUGUGUGGAAGGAAGGAAUUGAGCGGAGGCAAGGCCCUGCCUCUGAGCUUAACUGUACCACACUGUUUGGGGAGCCCGUGGUUCUGCCUCUGACCACUGGGCAAGGUUCACUGGGUCUCUUUCUGGGCUGGUGAAGACGAUAGUUAGACCAGCUGCUGUCGCGUGGGCCCUAGGCCAGGGAAAAGCACAUGUGAAAAGGGGGCUGGAAGACCAGCAUACGCCCAAGGACAGGAGAGGCAUUUCCUCCUUUAACUCAGCCUCACUUCCCUCUUCUGGGCAUUAAAACCCCCAGAAUUAAAGUGGGGUUACAGGGCAUUAUGGGAAGUUGCUGAUCCCACCCUGGCCCCUGCAUCCAGAAUGUACCUUAGAAAUUGCCAAGGAAAGGAUCUCUCAUCAACACUAAAUCAGUUUUCCUUUUUUCAAAGACAAAAAGAAAGGCUUUUGGUACAGAGAAGGAGACAGCAGAAUUAACCCCUUAGCCACCACUGCUCCUGCAGCUGGUAGCUUGGAUCCCUGGCCAUGGCUGCCAUUUCCCUCAAGCCGCAUGCGCUUUCCUCCUGAAGAAUUUGCUGGUUGCCUUCAGUGGUGCUUAGCCUAGAGUUCCCAAGACGAGCACAGCUCACAGCUGUCUAGGCUGAAGCUGUCUGCACCCAGCCCAGAGGAAACCAUUGGUGUGUACAUUUUUAAUUCUUUCAGCCAGUCUUCUGAGCACUUAUUUUAUGUCUCGGGACCAUGAAUCCAAAGGUAUCGCAGAGGGAACCAGAUUCAGAAAUGAAGCCAUGUCUCUUCCCUCAAAAAGCAAGUACAGAAAGGAAAGUGCUUCUCCCACAGCAGAGGGGAACAUGUGAUCAGUUUUCAAAAGCCACCUUAAGUCUGGAGCACCUGUAAGCAGCUUGGGAGCCCUUUUCAUUCACUCAUGCAUUCAUCUGACCAAGUGCAAGACCAUGCUAGACGCUGGACCCAAAGGUGAAUAAAACUUAGUCUGAGGCCUUCAGGAACUUACAGCCCCGAAGGCUGACGUCACAGCCACAGAUAACCUUACACAGAGAGGCACUGGGAGGGCUCGGAAGGAGCAGCCCUCCCAGCUGGGGACUGUGGGAGUCUGGGUGAGAGAGGUGGUGCUUGCAUUGGCCCCUGAAAAUCAGUGGGCCGUAGACAUGAGGCGAUGGGCAAGCGCAGAGCAGGGGGAGCACCCAGUGUGCGGUCAUGUGUGUAGGCAGGGCGGACGGGCAUAUCACCGAGCUGACUCCGCUCUCCUGAGGUCACUGGGUGCAGAGGAGACAGUCAGGAAAGUGGCUAAGGCCUGACCAGAGGGCCCGUAAAUCUCAGGCUAAGGAGUCUUGACUGCUUGGAGCCUCUUGGAGCUGCUAGGUUGUGAAGAGUAUGGAUUUAACCAGAACUCAGUGAAUCAGAGCUUAAUUGGAAUGGUAAUAGAAGCAGCAUGGAGGCUGCAUAGAAAGGGACAAUGUGAAAAGCAAGAAGACCAGGCAGGAAAUACGGCCAUAGUCAUGGUGAGAGGUGGCCAGGACCGGAGCCACAGGCGCAGUGGGAGAGGACAGGAGGGCUCAGGUCUGAGUGCCAGCAGCAGGGCCUCUUGAGCUGCUAGCGUGGCAGCAGCCAGCUCCUUAGGGCCCCAGUGCAGCCCUGUCCGGCCCCUAGCAGCAACGACAUGAAAAGAGCUGCUAGUUCACCCGGCUCAGAGCCCAGCAGCGUGAGCUCCAAUGCCAGCAGGCCGUGGGCCAGCCCGCUGUACAUCCCAGGCUGGGCUGGGGAGGCCCUGAGGGCAGAGUUCUUGGAAAGCAGUGCGGGUGGCAGCGAUGUCCUCAUGGGCCUCUCCGGACAGCCCUUUUGGCUUGCAGGAUAGAAGCUGUGCUGGUGCCGAGACCCUAGGUUGACCCACUAGCUGCCCCACUGUGGGACGGUUUGUCCCCUGAGAGAAGUACCCUGAGAACCCUGCAGGUUCUCGUUCCUUCUGCCUUGGGAGUUGGCACUGAGCUGUCUGAGGGGAAAACCUAUAAGGGCAGCCGUCUUAAGGCAUGGGGUGUGUGGAUGGGCAGAGCUGACCAGGAGAUCUGGAAAAAAGCAAGCUGCACAUACGCCAAAAUCCAGGCCAAGUCCCCACUGCUUAGGGCUGAGAACUGCCUCAGUAAGAUCCGAGGAAGGACUGAGUGAGGCUGCCAAGUACUAACGAGGAGGGGACGGUCUAAUGGGGCCUUAGACACCGAUAUGCUGUGCAGCUGGCUGCCUGGCAAUCCAGCUCCAGCAACAAGCAGAGAGAAGGGACUGGGCAGGGAGGAGCAAGGCGAGUCUUGUAAAAUUAGCUGUUGACAAGUCCCCCCAAAAAGAAAACACUCACUAUCAAAGCCCCCAAAUCUGCAAAAUCCCAAACUGCCAGCAAGUAGCCAGAGGAAACAAACCAAUAGUUCAGGCUUGGCCUGCUUAUCUGCGCGAUGAGCACAGGCUGGAGGGAAGGUGCCUCAGGUGGGAGCUCUGCUCCAAACCCCAGGGUCGCCACAGCCACCGCCACCACCACUGACGGUUGUCUGGCAUGCCCCAGGCACUUGGCGAGCAUUCGCAUUUCCUCUGCCCAGAGGUUUCAUCCCAUUUUUAUAAGCCAGGAAACUGAGGGAUGUGGAUAGUGAGAUCACAACUAUCGUGUUUCCCCGAAAAUAAGACCUAGCCGGAC